AUGCGAAUAUCAGUUCGUUCGUUCGAAGGAAAGGAGACAUCUUUAGAUGUUCAACCGAAUGAUACUAUUCAAAGCAUCAAAAAACAAAUACAAAGUGCAGCACAGAAUAGUAACACUGUUGCUGGAGGCUACGGUCAAGGUACUGCUAACGAUGAGCUCUGUUUUCCUUAUGGUCUGGUCGUUGAUGAUAAUCAAUCGAUACUCAUCGCUGACUGGGGUAAUCAUCGCAUUUUGCAAUGGAAAAUAGGCGAGAUCAAUGGUCGAGUCAUAGCAGGUGGUCACGGUCAAGGCAAUGCAUUGAAUCAAUUGAAUUGUCCGACUGAUGUUCUCAUUGACAAAGAAACAAAUAACUUACUUAUUUGUGAUCGAGGAAAUCGACGCGUUCUACAACGGGCCCGUCGUGACGAUGCAACCGAAGGAGAAACUAUAAUCGACAAUGUUGCAUGUUGGGGAUUAGCUAUCGAUAAUCAAAGAAACUUGUACGUAUCCGAUACUGGAAAGCAUCAAGUACAACGGUAUCGAAUAGACGGUACGAAUGGGAAGCUAGUUGCCGGUGGCAACGGCAGAGGUGUUGGCCUUGAUCAGUUCAACUAUCCGACUCACCUAUUGGUCGACGAACAACAGAACGUCUAUGUGGCCGAUGUAUGGAAUCAACGAGUCAUGCAAUGGUCGAAAGAUGCAUCUACAGGAACUGUCGUUACCAAGGGAUUUCCUCGAGGAUUAUUUGUCGAUAGUUCUGAAAAUAUUUAUGUGGCGGACUAUGGAAAUCAUCAACUCGUAUGUUGGUCGAAAGGAGCAGCAAAAGGUACGGUCUUUGCAGCUGGAGAUGGUGACAAAGAUGAUACAAACCAGACGUACUAUCCUUGGGGCGUCUCACAUGAUCAACAUGGGUAUCUCUACGUUGCCGAUCAUUCAAGCCAUCGAAUACAACGCUUUCCUAUCAAACGAGACUGA